AUGUUAACUGGAAAGGAAGAAGCCGGAAGAGAGUUCCACAAGCGAGAAGUGCGAGAGAAGAAACUUUCUAUCUAUCUAUCUAUCUAUCUAUCUAUCUAUCUAUCUAUCUAUCUAUCUAUCUCUGUCUGUUCAUUAUCUAUCUAUCUAUCUAUCUAUCUAUCUAUAUUAUAUUUAUUCUUUCUUUCUUUCUUUCUUUCUUUCUUUCUUUCUUUCUUUCUCCGUCUAUCUGUUUUUCGUUUUCUUUCUUUCUUACUCCGCCUUUGUUUGUUUGUUUGUUUCUUUCUUUCUUUUACCUUUAAUAUUUCUUUCUUUCUUUCUUUCUUUCUUUCUUUCUUUCUUUCUUUCUUUCUUUCUUUCUUUCCCGUUAAUCUUUCUUUCUUACCCCGCCUUUGUUUGUUUGUUUCUUUCUUUCUUUUACCUUUAAUAUUUCUUUCUUUCUUUCUUUCUUUCUUUCUUUCUUUCUUUCUUUCUUUCUUUCUUUCUUUCUUUCUUUCCCGUUAA